AUGAACCUGGAGCGGCUGCGGAAGCGUGUUCGGCAGUACCUGGACCAGCAACAAUAUCAAAGUGCUCUAUUUUGGGCAGAUAAAGUAGCUUCACUCUCUCAUGAGGAACCCCAGGACAUUUAUUGGUUGGCUCAGUGUCUUUACCUGACAGCACAGUAUCAUCGAGCAGCUCAUGCACUUCGGUCACGAAAACUAGAUAAAUUGUAUGAAUCUUGCCGCUACCUUGCAGCUAGAUGCCAUUAUGCUGCGAAAGAGCAUCAGCAGGCUCUUGAUAUUCUUGAUAUGGAGGAGCCUAUCAACAAACGAUUAUUUGAGAAGUAUUUAAAGGAUGACAGUGGUUUGAAAGACACCCCCAAUGACUGGGAAAUGUCACAGUCCUCAAUAAAGAGUUCUAUUUGUCUUUUACGAGGGAAAAUCUAUGACGCUCUAGAUAACCGAACCCUAGCUACCUAUAGCUAUAAAGAAGCUUUGAAGCUUGAUGUCUAUUGUUUUGAAGCAUUUGAUCUUUUGACGUCACACCACAUGUUGACAGCCCAAGAAGAAAAAGAACUCCUUGAAUCACUACCUCUUAAUAAGCUCUGUACUGAAGAACAGGAAUUGCUACGUUUUCUAUUUGAGAACAAAUUAAAAAAGUAUAACAAACCCAGUGAAACUAUCAUCCCUGAGUCUGUAGAUGGUUUGCAAGAAAAUCUGGAUGUGGUAGUAUCUUUAGCUGAAAGACAUUAUUAUAACUGUGAUUUUAAAAUGUGCUACAAGCUUACUUCUGUAGUAAUGGAAAAAGAUCCUUUCCAUGCAAAUUGUUUACCUGUACAUAUAGGAACACUUGUGGAGCUGAAUAAAGCAAAUGAACUUUUCUAUCUUUCUCAUAAAUUGGUGGAUUUAUAUCCUAGCAACCCUGUUUCUUGGUUUGCAGUGGGAUGCUAUUAUCUCAUGGUUGGUCAUAAGAAUGAACAUGCCAGAAGAUAUCUCAGUAAAGCUACGACACUUGAGAAGACCUAUGGGCCUGCAUGGAUAGCAUAUGGACAUUCAUUUGCAGUUGAGAGUGAACAUGACCAAGCAAUGGCUGCUUACUUCACAGCAGCACAGCUGAUGAAAGGGUGUCAUUUGCCAAUGCUCUAUAUUGGAUUAGAAUAUGGAUUAACCAAUAACUCAAAAUUGGCUGAAAGAUUCUUUGGCCAGGCUCUAAGCAUUGCACCAGAAGAUCCUUUUGUUAUGCAUGAAGUUGGCGUGGUUGCAUUUCAAAAUGGAGAAUGGAAAACAGCAGAAAAAUGGUUUCUUGAUGCUUUGGAAAAAAUUAAAGCAAUUGGGAAUGAGGUAACUGUUGACAAGUGGGAACCUUUGUUGAACAACUUGGGGCAUGUCUGCAGAAAACUUAAAAAGUAUGCUGAGGCAUUGGAUUAUCACCGUCAGGCAUUGGUGUUAAUUCCGCAAAAUGCUUCCACCUAUUCUGCCAUAGGGUAUAUCCACAGUCUGAUGGGCAACUUUGAAAAUGCUGUGGACUAUUUCCAUACCGCCCUUGGUCUUAGGCGAGAUGAUACAUUUUCUGUUACAAUGCUUGGUCAUUGCAUUGAAAUGUACAUUGGUGAUUCUGAAGCUUAUAUUGGAGCAGACAUUAAAGACAAAUUAAAAUGUUAUGACUUCGAUGUGCAUACAAUGAAGACACUAAAAAACAUUAUUUCACCUCCGUGGGAUUUCAGGGAAUUUGAAGUAGAAAAACAGACUACAGAAGAAACAGGGCUUACACCACUGGAAACCUCAAGGAAAACUCCAGAUUCCAGACCUCCUUUGGAAGAAACUUUUGAAAUUGAAAUGAAUGAAAGUGACAUGAUGCUAGAGACAUCUAUGUCAGACCACAGUACGUGA